AUGUGUAAGUGUACGUCGGGUUCGGAGACAUCGCCAAAUUUUCGGCGUCUGCGGACUACAACCGUGUCAGGGAGGACUUCGAGACUCACGAUAGCGUCUACACCACUGUCACUGCCUACUGCUGCGCAUACGAGGCGUUCCUCCACGUUCGAGCCCCCGCCUUUCGACGACAACUUCUUGGCGGCCGUGCAUGCGGCUCCAGAAGUUUACGAUCAAGACUUCCACUUCGCACUUAUGGGAAGUUUUGGAACGCAUGUUCUGUCAAGUGCUCAAAUGGGUAGUAAGUACGGCGAGGAGAGCCAUUUCACACGCGACCAGUACAACAAAAUGACGGCAACGAAUCGCAACUGGUCAAUCAUGGCGCGGGCUUCUUUCAUAGUUUCUGUCAAGACGAGCAUCGCGCAUGGAGCCGACAUAGUGUCGACAAAGCACUUCGAGAAGUUUAGCACUGAUACCUUGAAGUACUCGCUGGGGGCAACGCCAGCAAAUUGGGACCCUGAGGAUUGGCUGUCGGCAGCGCUUACGAGGAAGCCAGUACCCAGCUUGAUGAAGCUCAAACCGCUGAGCGAGGUAUUCACGGCACUUAAUUUCCCGAACCAGUCGAGCGCGACGAAGCUCAAAACAAUGAGAAGACAAACAUUGAAAUUGCCCUGA